AUGAAAAAUACUGAAAAUACAAAAAUAGAAAACACCCAGAAAACAGAAUUUAGUACUCUAACUAAACUAGAAUUACUUGAGAGAAAAAAUAUAGAAAAUGGAGAGCGUAAUGAAAUGCCUACAAGUGGUAUGUCUUUUUUGAUUAAUUUAUAUGAAAAGACAAUCUUCUAUACAAAUUUAAUGGUCUAUAUUAUGCAUAUAAGUCUACUUGCAUUGAUUUUUCUUUCGAUUCCUAUUGCAUAUUUAUUUCAAACAAUAUAUUAUAAACAGGACUCAUUAUUAGGAUACCUUAAGAUAGUAUCUAUUGGUGGAAUAAUUACGCUUGCCCAUACCAGUAUAUAUUUUGUGAAUAUAAAAUGGAAGAACACGUAUAUAUACACAGAAUUUUUUAUUAUAGAAAAGUCAUUCAUAUAUAUAAGCAUAGCAUUUAGUUUUAUAAUUAUAACUGCUUUUAUGUGCCUGGGCUUUUAUUAUUCUAACCCAUUAUCGAAUAAAAAAAUACUUAUGGGCAUGUUGGUAUGUGUAUCAUCUGCUAAAGUACUCACUACAAUCGCUGAAAUAAUAGAAGCUCUUGCAAUAGUUUUUUUAAGAAAUAUAUUCAAAGAGGCUUUGUUUAAUAUGAAAAUAGAAAAUUCUCGAUAUAGAGAGACAUGCCUUGUUAUUAUAAUUGGUUUGCUGGUUUUCAUGUUUUUAUGGGGGUUUUAUUUAUUUUUCUGUGCGAAAAUAUCUACUAUCCAGUACAGAAUUAUUUUAAAUAAUGGCUAUGAUAAAUUUAGCCCAAUAUAUAACGAGAUUUGUGGGUCUAUGUUAACACCAUAA